UUUUGCAAGCUGGCCUGCAUUGAUGAUCUGCCAAACAGGGGCACAAUUAAGCUUUUGAUAUUGGAGGAUGCCAUGACUAGCUCUGGGGUGUCAUUGAGUAAUCCACACUUAUCAAUUUCACAGCAUCCAGGACAACCGAGUGACGACUUUGAGGUGCCAACCUUUUCACAUGAUCUUGAAUUGUAACUGAGAGAGGGAAAUCAAGGAUAUGACCAAUUUGGAAGACAACUGGUGUUGACCAGAAACCAAAGACAACAGAUUUUGGAUGGCGUGGCAAAAGCUAUGUAUGAGAGGAAUGAGUAUCCAAGUGAGUGUGACUUUGAAGAUGCUGCAGAAGCCUUAGUCCACCGACAUACAUGCCUUGCUGACAAUGGGUCACCAAAAGGGUGAGAGGGAUGGAAGAAUGGCCUUAAGUUUAAAGUAGGCAAAUACAGAACGAAUCUAGGCAGAGAAAGGUGUCCUGAGGUUGGUAAAAAAAAGUGCCAAAAAAAGGAAAGAUCCAGAACCACCACUAAAACACACCGUUUACUGUGGCCCAGUCAACCUCUCACAGUUCCCGCAAUCAAAAGUUGAAGCAGAUCUGGAAAAGCUAAGGACCGAUAUUGCUCUUGAGAUUAAGAAGACACACAAAGUCUUGGCUGGAAUCAAUCACUGUAUGGGAAAGACAUUUGCCCUGAGAAGACAGGAGAUUCUGAACAGCAGUCCUAAAAUACAGACAGUGGAGAAUAGAUGGCUGGCAUUAUUUCUAGAGUCACAGGUAUUGCUUUGGCCUGGUUGCAGGGUUUACAUUAUGUUACAAUGUAAAAAAAACAUUGUAUUGGUAUUGGUAUUGAGUUAUUGUCAUUCAGUAAGUGCCUGGUAAUGUAUAAUCGCAUUAAGUACAGAAAACUUCUGUGUCUUUAAAAAAUAUAUUUAAUCUACAGAUAUGUGCUGAACCUGCAGCGAUCGUUCUUUGCUGCACUAGACCAUCACACUGAACGCUUGCUGGCUUUAUCCCGGGAGGCGCAGGGACAGAUGGGGAGCAUUGGACAUCGGCUUUCUGCCAUUCUGAAGAUGUAUGAUGAAAUGGUUUGUUACUUUCUAAUUUACAUAUUUGGUCAGUUUUCUUGGUCUGUGCGGGCACUCCCCCUAUUUAUUAUUUGAUUUAAUUCUUUACCAUUUUCCAAACCCCACCUGCAGUGUACAUAAAAUUGGUUUGGGGUGAAAUGGUAGUAAAAGGAGAGUUGUGUCUCGAUUAGGGAUUGAGCCUAUGGAUAGCCAUACUGGUUUAAAAUCACAGUGCAUAUAUACUUUUCCCAUUUGUCCUCUGAAAGUUGAUUUAUUAAUGUUCUGUCUGUGUCCUUUUAGCAAUCAAGGGACGUGAAUGUCAGUCGAACGGCUGCCCUUCAUUGUCUCCCAGCAGUACUUAGUGAAAGCGACUCAGAGGUGUUCAAAACCUGCAAGGUUGGUUAAUAUACUUACAGGGUUAUUACAGAGUUUAAGACUGCUCCUUUUAAUAUUGACUUGCCUUGCCCAGAAAUCACAACACAUCUUCCACAUUGGUUGAUCUGUAUUUCACACUCUUCUGGUUGUCAUACUGUAAGAACAUGAGUCAAGAAAUCCUCGUGUCCUCAUUGGUCCAGUCUGCAUACUUGCUAUCAUCUCUGAUGAUGAAGAUGCAGUCUCCCUUCAGCCACACCAAGUCUCCAUUAUCCUCGAAGAUAGAUUGGUGAUGCACAGCUUCCAAUCCUGGCCAGAUGCUUUUCUCGCUCAUUUUGGCCUGGUUUAUGCUCUACAUCUGGAUUACCCAAAACCCAUGUCCAGCUCAUUUCUAUUAAUUCAGCAAGUGUUCCUUAACGUUGAUUCCGAAAAGCUCAAAUCAAAAGUUUUGGCCUUGAAAAAUAAACUGUAA